AUGUAUCUCCGAGCCGUCCACGCUGAACCAUCCAUCAAGUCCAGCCAUAUCCCAUGGGUCCUCGAUACCAUCAGCGAUGACCCCGAUGCAUCCGUGAAAGGCCGUCUACGCGGCCAUAUGGCCCGGCAAAACCCACAAGCGAAAGCCAUAAUCGAGGCCGCUUCAACCUCGUCCACACGCAAACUACAACAGGAUGUGAUGAUCCUGUUCACGGGCCCUCAUCAUCACUAUGUUACCCCCAAGUUCUACACCGAGACGAAACCGGCCACUGGGAAGGUUGUGCCGACGUGGAACUAUGCCGCUGCUCAGGUUUAUGGCAAGGCUACUAUCUACUAUGACUCUUCGGAGGAGGAGACGUCCCAGUACCUGUCGCAGCAGAUCCAUGACUUAUCUCAUCUUUGUGAGACUUCGAUUAUGGGACACACUGGCCAGGAAGGGAAGCCGGGGCCAUGGAAUGUCUCUGAUGCCCCGGACCGUUAUAUUGACAUCAUGAGGAAGAAUAUCAUUGGGAUUGAGGUGUCGAUCGAAAGCAUUGGAGGCAAGUUUAAGAUGAGUCAGGAGAUGGGGGAGAAAGAUCGUGAGGGCAUUAUUGAUGGGUUUAGCAAUCUGGGGUCGGAUGUUGGAAACCACUUGGCUGGUACGAUCAAGGAGCGCGGCGAGAUGAAAGAUGCAGCGAAGAUCAAACAAUGA